AGUGCUUAUCUAACUCGCUUAAAAAAAUCAUUAGAAUUUAGGUAAAAUUAUUAGGUAAUUCGGGGGGAAUUCGGCUUGGAAUAAGUUCGUGUUCGAGGAUAAGAAGCGAUUUUUCUAGGGUGGUAAUACGUAAUAAUUGUGAUUAUAUUUCGUUACGUGAUUCAAUGUCGGUAAAAUGUUGUAAAAAGUGGCAGUGUUUGUGAGCGCGCUUGCGCUUUGGUAACAGUCUGCAAAACACAGUGUCGAGACGAUUAUUACCGGUCACUGGUCACAGUCAGACAUGAGUCUUGGUCGGAGAACGUCGGUAGUCGGCAUUAUGAAUUUGUGUGUGAGAGAGAAAGAGAAGGAGAACGGUAAACAGUUUAGUGGACGGGCGACUUUGUGAAGCUAAGCUAAAUCAGUGCUAAAAUUCACCUUCAUUAUAUAAUGAGAUACAUGGCGAUUCGAAAAUUACUAAUUAGUAUAUAAAAUACGCGGAGAACAUCGUCGAAGCGAUUAUUGACAAUUCGAGUGACGGUAGUACAAUUAUUAAUUAACCAAAGUUGAUAAAUGAUUAACCUACUAAUUAACGAUAAUGUGUUUGUGUAUUUGUGAUGAAUUGAAGGAUCUUCGUUGUUAAUUUAAAUAUGGAAGUGACUCCGCAUCUGAAAAGCGUUUUGAAAAACUAUCAACACAGCGCCACGAAAAGCCUCCAAGGUCCCGGACUUUCUUCUUUAGUUACCGUGAAAAAUGAAACGCCCUCGCCCGAAAUUAAAGAAGAAGAAGAAGACGACGAAGAAUUCGUACCGGCUCCGAUUCCAGUUCAACAAGUACCUAUACUCACCAUUCCCGAUACGUCUUGUAGCGAACGUACCGAGACUAUACUCGAAGGCGAAACGAUUUCUUGUUUCGUCGUCGGAGGCGAAAAACGACUUUGUUUACCGCAAGUUUUAAAUUCCGUUCUAAGAGAUUUCAGUUUACAACAAAUCAAUCAAGAAUGCGAUCAAUUACAAAUAUAUUGUUCGAGAUGUACGCCCGAGCAAUUGAACGUUCUCAAAAAUCAAAGUAUUCUUCCUAGUGGUGCUCCUAGUUGCGGUUUAAUAACGAAAACGGACGCGGAAAGGUUGUGUAGUGCCUUGUUGUAUGGACAAGUGAAUACGGAACUCCGACCUCGGAAGGGAGCUUCUUCAAUACCCGUUUACCACGAGUGUUUCGGUAAAGCGACCGGUUUGUGUUAUCCCGAAUUGUACAUAAACAAAAACGCGAAAUGCAUCGAAUGCGGCGAUUGUCGAGCGGCUUUUUCUCCGCAACAGUUCGUAUGUCACGUGCACAGGAAUUUGGAAAACAGAACCGUUCAUUGGGGUUUCGAUUCCAGCAAUUGGAGAUAUUAUUUGCACGUGCCCAAAGAACACGCGCAAGAUAAUUACGAACAAUUCGUGUCCAUUUUGAACGAUAUGACACAACAAUACGAAGGAAAAAUCGCUUUUCCUACACCUCCUCCUCCUCCUACUCCUACUCCAACGGUUGUUGAACCCAUCAAACGAAAACAGGUUCCUUCUAUGGCCGAAAUCAUCAAAGAUCACGAAUUGCCGUUGAAGAAACAGAAAUUGAGCGAAUACCACAACACCCUUCAACAAAUUCCGUACAGUAUGCAACACAUUCAACAAAUUUACGCGAGUUUAGAUCCCGUGUAUAUACAAUGUUUGCAGGAAUUUUCUUCGGUGAACCGCCAUCUAUCGGCGUUUAAGCCAGUCGUGCAAGGUAUCAAAAAUUCGAAAAUUAGACACGCGAACGCCAUGGGGGGGAAAUAUACGACGGAUCCGCCGGUGUUGCAGAACCCCGAAAGAGUCGUGAUGAUGUCCGAAAGCGAACGAUUCGAACGCAGUUACCAACCGAACGUAGCUCUAGCGCCACCUACGCCGAAAAAACAUCGUUACGGAAAAUCCGGUAGGGAAUUCGUAAAUUCUAAUGAAUUUAUAACGAAAAUAAAAGUCCCUUCGCCCGCGACAUUAGAAACGGAUACUCAAAUCGUGGAAAGUAUCAAAGAAAAAUCGGUUUCGGUCGUACAAAGGGCGAAAUACAAUCCGGAAAUAGAAUUAUCGACGGAUACGGAAGAUAGCGCGUCCGAAACUUCGGAAAAACACGAACUAAACAAAUUAGAAGAUAUUCUAAAAGAAGUAGAUUCGAAUAUCAAAGACAAAGUUCUCGAUUAUAUAAAAAAUAUAAAUAAAGAAAACGAAAAGUUAACGCAGGAUUCUCGUACGAAGGAAGAACGAAUUAGACAGUUGGAAUUCAGAAACGGGGAAUUAUUGAAAGAGUUAAACACGUUGAAGCGGAUCAAUUCUAUUGAAAACAAUAAUCAUCAUCGCGAAAACGGAGAUCACAGUCCGAAAAGUAACGGAUCUUCUAUCAUAACUUCGACGGAUUGUAUAAACUCUAAUCACAUACAAAAAAGCGUGAUCGCUUCGAUCGGCGAACAAAAAGAUUUGAUCGUAAAGACUGCGCCAGAAUGAUCUGUAAUUGUAUACAAACAAGAGUUUUCUCUUUAACGAAAAAUUCAUUUCGGACCGAGCAAAAAUUGUCAAUUCAAGUACUGAUUGUUUUAUUGUUUCCUUUUUUUGAAACGAUCUUUUACAAAUUGAAAGAGAUUUGAAAACUCAAUUCGAAUCGCCCCUUUUAAUUUUAAGGUUAGUUAGUACGGGAUUUACGAGGGAGGUUCGAAUAUAAACUAGAAUUAAUUUUGCUUUAAACAUUACAGAGUCGAAAUUUUUUAUAAUUCUACUUUUUUGGUUACAAUAUAUCGGGUUAUCACGCAUCGAGGAUUCAAAUCGGGAUCAUAAGGACCAAUUUAGUUCAACGCAAGUCAAUCGCAUCGUUUUGAUAUGUAAACAGUUUUUUUAGAAGGUUUCUCUAAUACUGAGUGUUACUUCUUUCGUGUAUCAAAACGUGGUAUACAAAACCUUCCAUCGUUGACAGUGUGACCCACGCUUUAACUGGCGCUUCUUCGUUUUUCCUCUUGGAGACGUGUACAAACUACCUAACGUGUGAAUUUUGGCUCAAAAUCAAAAGUCUCGGUGGUAAUUGCUCGCGUAAUUUCAUAUUAUCUUUGACCAAAAAACGAAUAAUGAUACGUUACGUAAGCGAAAAAUACGAACUUCCCUCGUAAAUCGAUCGUUUAUGUUACCAUCUAUUUACAGCAAUUCGGAAACUUGGUUAAUGAUCUAACCGCCAUUACUUUUUGUACCCUUUUUGAAUUUUAUUUUCAAAGAAAUGUCCUUUUUGCAUCUUUUGUCAGUUAAAAAAUAACCGAUGUUGGAAUAGAAACUCCCACCUCUACGUUUGUUUUAUUGGUAAAUAAUUUACGACAUUCCGCGAUGAAACGGCACUGUGAAAUAUCGAUAAAACAUUUUUUUUAAAUGUUAUAUCGAUGGAAAUACUUGAAAUCAAAUUUGACCCGGACGACAUUUUCAUGUAUUUGUAUAGAUAUUUUUAUAAUCUAAAAUAGGUUGUUUCCAAAACCGUCUUCAAAGCUGAUUUAAAAAUUUACAAAAAUCACAAGCGUCCAAUCUGGUUUUUGCAAACUGACUCGUUUACGACGCUUCAAAACGCCCAAUUAAAUUUUCUUUUUUGAUUGUUUGACGAAUUCUCGAAGUUUGUUCCAAUCUGCCAGUCUGGACCGUUUUAGGAAGCGUUUAAAUGAUACUUUCAGCGUAAUUUUCGACUAUACACGAUGCCUAAAUCGGUUAGAACACCGGCACCGUUCCAAAGACGGUUUUUUGAUGUUGACAUCAUCUCAAGUUUUCUACUGUACUAAAUGUCUUGCACCACUGAAAUAGCGAUGUAGUGGACCCCCCAAAAGAUUUCGUAGCCGUAAUUCAUUAUAAACAAACACAUAGAUUAACACGUUGACUGCCAAAGCAAUUUUCCCAAUUUUAUUUAAUCGUAUUACGAGGACUGGCUAUUAAAUAACGAGACUGGUUACUUUCCAUACGUUUUUUCCAUUAAUCGAAGCAAUUCUGGAAAUCUUCUUUGGUAAGGAGCGACUAAAAUCGGGUCUCUUUCGAAGCAGAUAUUUUCCUAAACUUUCAAGGAAAUCUGAGCAGACCCGUUGACGCGAAAGCUUUUGGUCAGGGGUCAGAUGUGUUAUUUCUCGUGUAAAAUUUUUCUAACCGUUUCUUUGUCGGCCUUUACAGCCUCGGCAAUCAUCCGGAUUACCAAUCAACGGUUUACAUACACAAUUUGGUUGAUUUUGGAUACUGUUUCCGGAGUAGGGGCGACCUGGGCGCUUGUCAUAUUCAGUGGUCUCUCGGCACUUAUUAAAGCAUUUACACCACUCAAAAACACACGCACGAGAUAGGGAAUUGUCCCCGUAGGCCUUCUGCAACAAUUUAUAGCACUCAGGUUGAGUUUUUUUAUUCAAUUUAACGAAAAAUUUGAGAUUGAUACGUCCUCUAAGCGCGCAGUUUCGAUAUUUAAUAACCAGACCUCGUAUAUCAUUGAAAAUAGUAAUUUAAAUACAAAGUUAUUAGUAAAAAAGAAAAUUAUUUCUUAGUCGAUUUACGUAAAAAAGUUUAUUACGAAUUAUGUGGUAGCUGUUGAAUAUACCAGUCCGGGUCAAAUUGUUUACGAUUUUUAUAUUUUCGUAUAGACUCGGAAAAUCUCUGUCGUUUUGUAAAAGAUUUGUGUCGAUUGGGAAUUUUUCCGAACUGAUGUAUAAAUUUUUGCUCUGUAUAAAUAUAUAUUUCAGAUUGAUAUGUACAUAGUGUAAAGAAAAACCGAGGCAAGUCGUACUACAAACGUAUUAUAGUAAUUUCAAUAUACAUAUAUGAUUAGAAAUUUUAUUUUUAAAUCGGAAUUCCAUUCCCGUAUCAAAUGAGACGAAAUUUUAUCGUUAUUACGUGGGAGAACAGAAUGUCUUUGAAGCUAAAUACCCAACGACAUAUUCUGUUUUAUAUAUAUAUAUAUAUAUAUAUAUAUAUAUAUAUAUAUAUAUAUAUAUAUAUAUAUAUACGAGAAGCGUACGAAAUGUUGAUUUUUUAAACAAAAACGAAAUAUAUUCGAAAUUCUCGUAAUUUAGAAAAAACAUUUUUUUUCUAAUUUGUCAUAUUGUAGAAAUGAAUAAAACGUAGUCGCAAUUUGAUUUUGGGGGUUGUCGUUCCGAUGGAUUUUUAUGUAAAUUUACGCCUUUGUAGAUGAUUCUCGAGAAAAACAAAUUGUUAGAAUUUUUCUCCAAAAUUGUUCUUGUUAUGAUUGUUUUUAAUUUAUAUUUAAAAAUUGUUACUCGGUAAAAUAUUUUUUAUGACUCGAAAGUACAAAAUGGGGUGCGAAGCAUCCGCUUAAAAAUAUUAUUGAAUAGAAAUAUACAGGGUGAACGUAAAAACAAGUACCGAACGAUAGAAAGAACAUCUUGCGAACGAUUCGUAUAAUAACACGAAAAUGAUCUCUUAGGAUUUAGUUUUAAGUUAUCGGAAAGACAAAUAAUUCAUUGAUUAGUCAUUAUUCACGUCUUUCGGAAAUGAUUAAAAAACAAGAUGAAUUGAUCGAUCGAUUGAUGAUCGUGGUAGCGUUUUUUUCACAGAUUCACUAAGGCCGGUUACACACGAUCCGGGCGAACGUCCGCGUGUCCGUAACCGGAAAAAAUUUUCAUUAUUGAAGGCCCGAAUGUUAUUUUACGAAGAAAACAAUUUCGAUUUUCGAUUUUUUUUGAUAUUCAAUAAUAAGAUGAUAAAUGAUAAGGGUUGGAUAUAAAUUUGAAUACGGUUUGUCUUCCGAGAAAAUAAUUUUAAAUAUUCGGUACUGCAAAAUACGUGUUACUCUGUAUAAAAUUAUAUUAAAAAUAAUAAUAUUAAUAAUAAUAAUAAUAAUAAUUAGAGUGUGUGAUUGUGAGCCUGUGAAUGUAUAACUAAAAUUGCAUUUUUGACGUAAUCGACCAAACGAAAUAUUCAAAAAUUCGAACUCAGGUAUAAAAGAAACGGAAUCAAUCAUUUUUUUUUGUCUCUUGUAUAUAUUCCAAGAUCGAUAAUUGAUAUCAAAAAACAAAAAUUAAUAAACUGUUGAAAAUGCAAUAGAAAAUUUAUGAGGCCGAUUUUUGUCUCCAAUAAAAACUUUAUUAACGUAAAAAAAAACAAAAUACUUAUGCGGGAAUCCAUUUAUAAAAAAAAUAACGAAUUUUCCGAAACAAUUCGAUUUUUUCAUUCCAAUUUACCAUUUUCACCCACCCCUUUCGAUUUGUAAUAAAUAAACGGCGGCGACGUCAAACACCCUGUAUAUUAGAUUAAAAAUGAAAAUAAAAAUCGAUUUGUUUUAGGAAUUUCAAUAUUUUAUAUAAAAAUUGUUACUUUAUAGACUCUAAUUGAAUUUGAAUUGAAUGAAUUAACAAACGAUCUGACAACACUGUAAAAACUGAUUUAUUUCCAUAGAGUUUAUAUUAAACAUAGAGUAAUUGGAAUUGUACUAUUUGAAGAUAGAGAAAAAACAUCGUUUCACUACGCUAUCUCUUUCUCUCUCUUCUCGCUAUUAAAUGUUUAUCACGAAAAUUUGACAUCAUGGUGAUCCAAUCAGAAAUAGACUAAUAUUCUUUUUCUCUCUCUUUCUCUCUAUCACUUCUCUUUCUUUCUCGUGUUUAAAUUUAGUGGAAAAUUUUGUUUCAUCGAUUUCUCGUAUAAGUUUGGUGCCGACGAAAUUUUUUAGUUUUUUCAUGAUUUGGCGUUCGAUUAUGUUUUGUUGGAAGAUUUUGAUUCAAUUUUUGUAUAAACAGAUAUUUUUAUAUUUUUUUCGUUGAAAAUAAUGUGAUACUUGGAUUUUUUUGUUCCCCGAAUGUUCAUCUCAGUAUUUUCAAAUUCCGUAGUGUUUUUUUUUUCGGAAAAAAAAUUGUCAAAUGGCAGCUCAUUACGAACCGGAAAUUGUACAAAAUAGACGAAAAUUUGUUGGCGGUAUGUCUGUGUGCGGAAAUUUGUUUACUAUUUUUAGACGAAAUUCAAAAUUGUUCCUAAAAAUUUAAAUAAGAUUUUGAACUGCCAUUUUUUGGAAAUUUGUAGCAAUAUAUUAUUAUUAUAUAAAAAAAAUAUAUAUAUAUAUAAUAAGACAGACAGACAGGCAUACUUCGAUCGGAUUUUAUCGAGAUUGUUGAAUUUGUUAUUGAAUUAUAUAUUUUGUGAUCUCAAAAUAUGUAAGAAUGCUGUUGACUGUACUUGGUAAGCUAUAGAUAAGUUUGUGUGUGUUAAAAACGUUCAUAGCUAUUAUUAAUAUACACAAAAUUAUUUCUUAAAUAUAUAUUUCUGAAUUUUAUGUGUCAAACAACAAAUAAAAUUAAUUAAUUUAUACGCUCUUUGAGUUUUAAUUUGAAAUUUUAUAC